AUGGCAAUCCAAAAUAGGUUUUGGAAAUUAUAUUGGAUAGGCAUCACUAUUUUAGUGAUGCUAGCACAUCAUUUAGUAGUAUCACACGAAAACAUUCAGCUUUCAAACCAACUCUUUAAAUCUGAUAAUGGUAGUCCUCUAUUUUCAAAUUCGAAAUCAAUUAUAUUUAGUGGAAAAAGUUUCCAAAGUAUUUCAAUGAUGCAAGAGCAAUCUUUUGAUAGAUCAGAGUUUAAUGGUAUUUCUUUCAAAACAACUCCUGAUAGAGAAGAAUCAAGAAAUCCAUCCAUAAGUAUAAGUUUUUUAAAAUCAGAUCUUUCACUUGGCCCAUCGAUGGAAUUGGUUUCCAAGAGUGAGCCAGAGUUUGCCGCCACCGGUAACAGAGAGCUUCCCUUGAGAUGGGUUACUGCCUUUGUUCCAUUCCCAAAUGACGGUCAGCAAUACCACGGUAUCCGUAUUGCCAGCAGACGUGCCGACACCGAAGGAAAUGUCCUUUUCGACCAGUUCGAGUUGGUUCGCUCUGACAAUGACAUCUCAGUGAAGAACGAUUAUCCACUUCAGACUCGCGGUAUUCACAAGAAUCAAGUUCCAUCGAGCGCACUCCUCUACUGUGAUGUAUCAUACACCUGUGUUGCACCGAUUGCCGAUCCAGAGCUCGGUGGAACUUUCGGAGGUCACGCCUGUUACAUUGGUGAGCAACUCCAAUCACUCGACAACCAACGUAUGUGGAAUUUCGUUAAUAACGCCGCCAAUCUCCGUGUUCUCGCUAACGGAAAUCUCUUGUUGACUGGUAAUCUCUUCCCAUUGGAGGAUGGUGCCAACAGUUGCCACACAUGGGCUGUCAACAUUGAGUUUGCUGCCACUCUUCCAGGUGAAGAGAUCCGUAAGGAGUUGGACAGCCACGCUUACUAUCCAAAGGGUCCAAUCGAUGUCAGAUCAUGGAGAUUCUACACUCCAUUGCCAUCAAACUCCUACUGGAUAGGUACCGGUUGCAACCAAGGCAGAAAGAUAUCGUUCGUCGGUGGAAUGGAUGAAAUGCCAAUGCAAAUCGGUAUUGGUGCCAACGGAAAGAAUGGAAAUCUUGGAUUUGCUGUUUGGCUUUCAUUCAUUGAAAAUGGUCAAGUCUAUCGCAUUCCACUUGAUAUCAAUAUGGAUUGUCAUCAAAACGGUGGUCAAACAUCGGCCACUUCCGCUACCUCUGCAACUUCCGCUACCUCCGCUUCCUCUUCUUCAGGAUCACCAACUACUGGUACUGGUCAUUGCAAAAACGAUGCUCAAUGUGGUUGGGGAUACUGGUGUGACCAAUCCAGCUGGCAAUGCAAACCAUGGUCAUCAUCCAGUCAAUCAACAGGCCAAACUUCAACCUCUGGCAGUCCAACCACUGGAGCCGGUGGAUGCAGACAAGAUAGCGACUGUGGAUGGGGUAAAUGGUGUGAACAAUCCAGUGGACAAUGCAAGCCAUGGUCAUCCACUAGCCAAUCUACAGGUCAAACCGCAACCUCUGGUAAUCCAACCACUGGUGGUGUGUGUCAAAACGAUGCUCAAUGUGGAUGGGGUAAAUGGUGUGAUGAAUCCGUUGGUCAAUGCAAGCCAUGGUCAUCAUCUAGUCAAUCAACCGGUCAAACCGCAACCUCUGGUAACCCAACCACUGGCGGUGCAUGUCAAAACGAUGCUCAAUGUGGAUGGGGAUACUGGUGCGAUGAAACUGUUAGACAAUGUAGACCAUGGUCAACUUCAAACAACCCAACUUCAAACAACCCAACUUCAUAUAACCCAACUUCAAACAACCCAACAACUGUAGCACCAUCAACAUUAUCAACUGGAUGUCAAUGUGGUGAAAACAUGUUCUGUCCACCAAAUUACUAUUGUGCAUUGAUUGGUGAUGUUCCAUCUUGUGUUCCAUUCGGAACUUCUGGUGGACCAACCACUGGUCCAUCCCCAACCACCGGUCAACAAUGUGGAAACCACCAAUGUCCACAUGGAUAUAGUUGCGUCAAACUCAAUGGUGUCGAUACUUGUGUACCAGGUGGUCCAACCUCUGGUACCCCAACAAGUGUUCCAACCACUGGUCAACAAUGUGGAAACUAUCAAUGUCCAUCUGGAUUCUCAUGUGCCAAUUUGAAUGGAGUGUUAACAUGUGUACCAGGCGGUCCAACCUCUGGUAAUCCAACUUCUGGUUUCCCAACAUCAGGCACCCCAACACCAUGUGGUCAAUACAUGUGUCCAGGCGGAUUUAGUUGUGCAAACCUCAACGGAGUGUUAACUUGUGUACCAGGUGGUCCAACCUCUGGAACUCCAACAAGUGUUCCAACCACUGGUCAACAAUGUGGAAACUAUCAAUGUCCAAUUGGAUACUCAUGUGCCAAUUUGAAUGGAGUAUUAACCUGUGUACCAGGCGGUCCAACAUCCAGUGUUCCAACAUCUGGUUUCCCAACAUCAGGUACCCCAACACCAUGUGGUAGAUACAUGUGUCCAGCUGGAUUCACUUGUUCCAACAUCAAUGGAGUGCUAACUUGUGUACCGAUUGGUCCAACCUCUGGUUUCCCAACAUCAGGUACCCCAACACCAUGCGGUAGAUCCAUGUGUCAAGUAGGAUUCACCUGUGUCAAUAUCAAUGGAGUUCCAACAUGUGUACCAAUUGGUCCAACCUCUGGCAACCCAACUGUAUAUCCAACUUCCGGUAAUCCACCAACCAGAUGCGGUCAAUACUAUUGUCCAAUUGGCCAUCAAUGUCUUAAACUCAAUGGAGUUGACACAUGUAUUCCAACAAAUCCAAAUACUAUCACAACUGCCUAUCCAUUAACAACUUCCGGAUUGCAAACUACUCAUUCUUCACUCGGUCCAAAUUCAAUUACCACUCAAAACUCUUUGAUUGGACAAAACUCCUUGAGUACAGGUCAACAUACUAUAACUGGUCCAUACACAGUCACUGGUCCACAUUCUAUCACUGGUUACUACACUAAUACCAAUCCACCAACCGGUCCACAUUCCAUCACUGGUUACCAGACUCUAUCCACCAUGUUCCAAACGAUCACUGGUCCACAUUCCAUCACUGGUUUCACCACUGCACCACCAUGUACCGAUUAUACAACAGUAGCUAGAUUCUGUGUCAUGUUUUGGAAUGACACUAUCAGCCCGGAGGGUGCUUACCAACCGGAAUUAGGAGAAAACGUUGGUCCAUCCAAUGUUGUCAUUAGCAUUUUCAACCAAGAUGGUUCAAACGUUAUCGAUGUCAAUGGAAAUCAAGUUGCACAAAAACUCACCAACUCCCAAGGACCAGUUUGCUUUGAGAAUCUAAAGACCGGUGACUACUACCUCAUCUACAGUAAUCUUCUCACUGGAUACUCCUACACCAAGACCGUCGGUAUGGCUCCAACAUCAGAGAGUUUCGCUUAUUCCAAUGGAACAUCACCAAUCAUCCAUUUGACAGGACCAAAAGGAAAGGCCAGUAUUCAAUACACUAGUGAUUGUAAGAUAUUGGUUGAUGCCGGUGUCCUCCGUGUUGGUGUCAUCCUUGGAUCCGAUCCAACCGUUCCAACCACAUCGUUCGGUCAUGUUGUCUACGUUGACAAUGACAAAAAUGGAAAAUUCGAUCCAACUAUUGACACUCCAGUUCAAGAUUCCAUCGUCACAUUGUUUAACGACGAUUGUAAAACACCUGCUACCGAUGCAUUUGGUAAACUAGUUGCGCCAGUCGUAACCAACCAGAAAGGAGAAUACUUCUUUGAUAAUCUUGCGACAGCAAGCUAUUGUGUUGGUGUUACAAACACACCAACCAAUUUGACACAUGGACCAAGCACUGGUGGACCAUCAAUCGAUCCAUCUAAAAAUACUACCGGUCCAUUCCAAGUCGGUCCAGAAUUUCCAGGUUUCGUUGAGAACAACGGUAUCCACCCAGUCAAUAGCACCACGAUCAAUCCAGAUAUCAACUUCCCAUUGAUUCCAAAGCAAACUCCACCAGACACUUUCUCACUCGGUUAUUUCAUAUUCGAAGACAAGAACAACGAUGGUUUGCCAAACGAAAAUGACCCUCCAGUUCCAGGUGUAACUGUUUCGCUCACUCAAAAAGAUUGUGAAACUCCCGCCACCCACGCGAAUGGAACCCCAAUUCCACCGACUAUUACAGACGCCAAUGGUUUCUAUUCUUUCAACGGAUUCCCAGCAGGAGAAUACUGUGUCAGACUCUCAACUAUCCCACCACAACUAUCACAUGGAAAUUCCACUGGAAUUGCCACAAUCCAACCUAGUACUGAUUAUACCUAUCCAUUCAUUGUUGGUCCAGGACAGAAUGGGUUCGUUCCAAACAAUGCAAUUAUCUCUACUCUUAACGGAACCUAUUCCAAUCCAAAUUUCAACUUCCCUCUCGUUAGCACUAGUAAGUUAACUUAUGCCAUUGGUGAUACUGUCUGGUACGAUCAAAAUCAAAACGGUAUUCAAGAUCGCGGUGAAGUCGGUAUUCCAAAUGUUCCAAUUUCUCUAUUCGAUUCCAAUGGUAAUCCAGCUGUCGACUCUCAAGGUAAUAGAUUCCCACCAGUCAUCACUGAUGCCAAUGGUCAUUAUAUCUUUGAUUUGAUUCCAUCGGGUGACUAUUCCAUUCAUUUCGGUUACCCAGAUGGAUUCAAUGUCACCAUUGACUUGAAGUUGGUCAACAAAUUCACACCAGUCUAUGAAAUCAAUGAUUCCGAUCCUGGAAUGAUUCCAGUCGAUAAGAAUAAAUUCCCAACAAUCAAAGCCGAUAUGAUUAAUCCAGAUUAUGAUCUACCAUUGUACCGUCCAUCGUAUGCACUCGGUAGAUUGGCAUGGAUCGAUGCCAACCAAGAUGGUUUUGCACAGCCAGAUGAACCAAGAAUUCCAGGUGCCAGUGCUAUUCUCUGGUCGUCAGACGGUAACGCUAUCAGAGAUAUCUUUGGUCGUAUUGUCCAAUCACAAAUAACCGAUCUCAACGGUCUUUACUUCUAUGAUCUCUUGCCACCAGGCGGUUACAUCAUAUCUAUCACCUUGGCACAAGGUAUUGUACUCAAUCGUACUGUCCAAACACUUGGAUUCCAACCAGAAGCAUCACUAGCCAACCAAAUCACUGGAACAACUCCUGAAAUGAGAUUCCCAGCUCUCGCCAGUCCUACACCAUCCAAUCUCGGUAGAACUCUUAUCUCUCAACAAGGUUUCUUUGAUGCCAAUGCAGGUUUUAUCACUACCGACUCCUAUUCAGUUGGUGAUUUCAUUUGGUAUGACCAGAACAACAAUGGUUUGAUUGAUGCAGGAGAACCAGGUGUAGCUGGUGUUGUCGCUAAAAUCUAUGGUGUCAACAGAACAUCUCCGAUUGACAUAAACGGACAACCAGUCAAAGACCAAGUUACCGAUUCCAAUGGAUACUAUCUAUUCACAGGUCUAUACCCUGGGCUCUACAGAAUUGAAUUCAGCAAUCUGCCAGAUGGCUACUCAUGGACUAAACCAUUUGCAGCCGCCGGACAACUCAAUGAAGUCGACUCUCGUGUCAUUCCGACAUCCAACUCUACCAACUUCUUUGCACUGGCAACAAUCAAUCCUGAAGUCAGACUUGUCUCACCAUUGGAUAAAUCACCAGAUAAAUACAUCAAUCCCUUCCAAGAUGCUGGUAUCAUUCAAGGUAAAGUUCAAAGUGAGAUCUAUGCAGUCGGUCGUUAUGUAUGGUUCGACCCAGAUGAAUCUGCAACUCGUGAACCCAAUGAACUUGGAGCACCAGGUGUCGUCGCCAGACUACUCAAUUUCAAUGGAUUUCCAGCACUCGAUGUCAAUGGUAACUCCGUACCUAACGCAGUCACUGACCAAAAUGGUUACUAUGUAUUUGAUAACCUUCCACCAGGUCGUUACAUCGUUACCUUCCAAAACCUUCCACUAGGUUAUGUAUUUGAAGACAAAACCAGACCAGAUCCAACAACUCGUACCACUCCAAUCUUUUCACUCGAUGAAAACACCCCAACCUACGACGGUCAAGAUCCACCAGGUCUUGUCGCAACCCGUAUCGAUCGUGAACAAAACGGUGGUCUCAGACAAGCCACUCCUCUUGGUUUCGGUGACUUUGUAUUCUAUACGAACGAUCAAGGUCAACAAAUUGGUGUACCCAAUGUAACUGUUAUGCUUACUAACCUCAACGGAAGUCCAGUCAUCGAUAUUUCUGGUCGUCCACUUCAACCAACCACAACAAAUGCACGUGGUUUCUACAACUUUGAGAAUCUCCAAAGAGGUGACUACUUGGUGCGUUGGAUCAACAUUCCACCUGGAUUCACCUACAAGGAUCCAGAGAACGGUGAGAGACGUUUCAGACUAGCAAGAGACACUCCAACCAUUCGUCCAACUACCCCAAAUGAUAAUGCUCCUCUCUCAAUCUUCUUUGACCCAACAAUCGAUCAAGAGUUAGAACCACCAAGAUCCUAUGCCAUCGGUGACUACACUUGGUACGAUGCCAACUCCAACGGUAUCCAAGACCCAGGCGAACAACCAGCAUCAGGUGUCACAGUUAAAUUGGUUAACCCACAAUUCCAACCAGUUUUGAGUUCAUUUGGUCAGAUUGUAAAGGAUGUCAUAACAGACAAUAACGGUCACUACUAUUUCGAUCAAAUCCCUCCAGGACAAUACUAUGUCCAAUUUGGAAACAUCACUGGAUUCCGUUUCACCAUUCCAUUCAAUGGUCAAGCCGGUCUCAAUUCAGUAGCAACCAUCAACGGUCUAACAACUCUUAUCAGUCUUAAUCCAAAUACUCCAAACCUUAUCCAACCAAAUGUACCAGGAAUGCAAGCUGUACUCUAUCUUCCAACGAUAGAUGCCGGUUAUGUAGCCAACACAGUACCAACUUCCUCGUUUGCUGUUGGUCACCUCGUAUGGUUCGAUCGUAACGACGAUGGUGUCUACAACGGAAAUGGUGGUGGCGAUCUACCAGUACCAAAUGUCAGAGUUGAACUCUCCUACCCAGGUGGAGGAACUGCUCCAGAUGUCAAUGGUAACCCAAUCAACGCUGUCUACACCGAUGCCAACGGUCUCUACUACAUUGACAACAUUCCACCUGGAACCUACCAAAUUUCAUUCUCUAACAUUCCAAUGAAUCUUAUGAUUGGUAACAAGACUGCUGCUGACUCUUCCUCUGGUGUCACCCAGCCAUUCACACUUUCAUCAACAGCUCCACAAAUUCGUGCAUCUGUUCCAGCCGACGGUGUCAAAGCUCCAUUCAUCGACGACACUGAAAACGCUGCUCUCAUCCCAUUGGUACAAAUGGCAGUAGGUAACUACAUCUGGUACGAUAUCAACUCCAACGGUCUCCAAGACCCAGGAGAACCACCAGUAUCCGGUGCCACGGUUGUCCUCCUCGACGCUAGUAGCAACUUCUACGACCAAACCAUAAGCAACCUCACUGGUUACUAUUACAUCGAUGCAGUUCGUCCUGGUGUCUAUGAUAUCAUGAUUUCCUCACCAAUUACUGUACUUCGUGAGACACUGUUCGAAGCAGGUAACGGAUCCAACGAUAAUAAAGUAAGAAAUGGAUUGAUUAGCAAUAUUCUUUUAGCUCCAUAUGCUGGUCGUGCACGUGCCAUUAAUGCAGGUCUCGGUGAUCCACCCACCCUCAAUGCAACAAUGAUUGACGAUACUGAAGAUGCAGGUUAUCUCACUCCACCAUUGUACGCUGUCGGUGACUACGUAUGGUACGACACCAACAGAAACGGUAUGCAAGAUCAAGGAGAACUUCCAGUACCAGGUGUAACCGUCGAACUCCAUUUCCUCACAACCGUACUCGGUCAACCAAAUAACAAUAUGCUAGGACAACCAGCUGUUGCUGUCACUGAUCAAAACGGUAAUUACUGGAUCGACAACAUCUUACCAGGUUCCUACAUUGUCGUAUUCAAAAACAUUCCAGCCAACUAUAGUUUCGGUCCACUCGGAGGAAAUAAUGUUGCCAAUCAACAAGGUUACUCCAACUCUUUCAAUCUCACCAAUACCAAUCCAGCAAUCUCCAUCGUCAAUCAAAAUAUCGACAAGGGUGUUGUCAAUGCCACCUAUAUCCUCAGAACCAUCGAUGCCGGUCUUGUCAAUCCACCACUCAACACCACAAUCAAUGCUGUAUCUGGUUUCGUCUACUAUGAUAACAAUAAGAACGGUGCUAAAGACGCUGGUGAACAACCUGUUGCCAACGUCAAUGUGAUGCUGACUGAUGCCAAUAACAAUACUGUUGUCGGAUCAAACGGUAUUGUAAUUCAACCGGCUAUUACCGAUGGCAGUGGUUACUAUUCAUUCGAUGAUCUACCAUAUGGUACUUACACACUCAACUUUAAUGGUGUACCAGCUGGAUACGUCUACUUCCAACCAUCACCUGUCACCCCAACUCAAUCAGUCAUCAACAACGUUAAUAUCGGUGAGAAUGCCCAACUCGCCAACGUUGAUCCUUCCAUUGACCAUGGUAUUACCAAUGCUCAAAAGAUUCUCCGAGAUCAAAAUCGUGGUGUCGUUCCAACUAAUAGAUUCGCAGUUGGUGAUCAAGUUGUCUAUAACAAUCAUGGUGUCACCGCUAUCACCUAUCAAGGAGAGGGUAUCACUGUCACUCUUACCGAAGACGGUCUCCCCGCAUUCGAUGUACUUGGUAACCCAGUUCAACCGAAAACAACCAAUGCUACUGGCUAUUACUACUUUGAUAAUCUACCAGCUGGUGACAACUAUGUCGUUACUUUCAGUAACCUCGGAAGUCAAUUCAUCUAUGAAACCUACCGUACUGCCUCUCUUGCCAACAUGAGAUUGAGAACCUUCUCAAUUCCAUUCUCACUUGACACCACAAACAGUCCAGCUGUCAACACAGCUGCCUAUCCUGGAAUCAAUGCUAACUUCAUGAGAACCGAUAUCGAUGCCAUAGUAUCACCAUUGGUACUAGCCAUUGGUGACUUCACCUUCUUGGACGCACCAGGUGGUUUGAUGGGUGUUCAGAUUCCAUAUGUACCCAAGAGUGGCAUUGAAGUAAGAUUAUUUGAUGGCACAAUGCAACCCGCUAAAGAUAUGACAGGUGCACCAGUUCAAAGCACCGUCACAGAUACAAAUGGAAGAUAUAUUUUCACUGGUUUGUUACCAGGAAGCUACAUUGUCAACUUUUCAUUACCAAGUGGAUUCACUUUCACUACACAAAAUGUUGGAACCGAUAGAACCAUUGAUUCCAAUGUCAAUCCUGCCACUGGUAACACUGAUGUCAUUACCCUCGAUAUCAACGAUCCACUAAUGACCGUCAAUCCAAAUUUAUUAACUCGUGAUCGAUAUCUCGCUGUGGAUAAUACCAUUGAUGCCGGUUACGUGGAGAACGCACCAACCGGUUUCAUCUCUGGUAUUUCAUUCCACGAUUACAAUGCAGACGGUCUCCUCAAUGGUCUCGAUACUGUCUUCCCGAACAUCACAGUUGCUUUGUACGAUGGCGACACUGUACUUCGUACAGUACAAACUGACGAUCAAGGUGCCUACUUCUUUGGAAAUCUCACUGAAGGCAAACAAUACCAAGUCAUUUUCUACAACUACCCAAGUCCGUAUCAACCAACCAUUCUUGAAGCAAAGUCUGAAGGUUCACUCCUACAAUUCCCAACUGCCUCUAGAACCGAUGUCAACGCCGGUUUUAUCAUUCCAUUCGAAUACUGUCAAGACGAUGUCAAGAUCGGUAUUACCUGUUUCGUUAAGGAUCCACCCGUUUCACCCGGUAAAUUGGCAAGCGAACCAGUCUUUAUUACAUUCCCAUACAAUGCCAAGACCAACACUUCCGGUGACUUUAACGCCAACGUUGACCAGGUUGUUAUGUAUCCAACCAUCAAUACUGUCAGUGGUGUAGCCUUUGAUCGUGCAACUGGUGCAUGGUUCUUGGCAACCUUUUACAAGAUUGGAACCAAAACGAGAGAUAGUGGUGCUAUCUACAGAGUAGAUCCAGCCACCGGAGCAACUACUCCAUAUAUCAAUGUCAACCAAGUGGUAGCAUCAAGUUACAAUCUUGUUGGUUAUCCAAUGGAACCAAACAGCGAGUAUCGUCUCAUGUUUGGUGAUAUCGAUAUUGCUGGUGAUUAUCUCUACGCCACAGUAUUGAAUCAGAGAACCGUCUUACAGAUUCCAUUGAGACAGACACCCACCAAUGCCAAUGUUAAAAUUUUGACACCACCCAAUCCAUGUGAUGUCCAAGGCGAUUGGGCUAUUCAAGGUCUUGGUUACGACGGUAGAAACAUGCACGUCGGUGGUGUUUGUACCGGUCAAGAUUCAGGUGUCUUGGACGAUCUCUGGAUGUACAUCUACAAGAUUGAAGACGACGGAUCAUUCACAUCCACUUUGGAGGCAUCGUUGGUAUACCCAAGAGGUGCUGUCCAAUGUAGAUUGUUCAACGGUAGACCAACUGCAAGCUGUAGAUCGGCACUCUGGAAGACAUGGAGCAGAUACUCUGCCAACGUCAUUCAAUACACACCAAAUCCAAUCGUCUCUGACAUUGUAUUCAUUGGAUACCAAGGUAACAUGGUAAUCGGUCUCAAGGACAGAAAUGCAGAGUUCUCAACUAUUCCAGGUGGUGACCAAUUGUACGCCUGUAAGAAUGACCAAGGUAAAUACAUUCUCGAGAAACAAGGUAACUGUGGUGGUAUGAACGGUGCUCACACCGGUCCAAGUGGUAUUCAAUCCACAGCUGAAGGUCCAGGUUUCGGUGAGUUCUUUGACGACAACUUUGCCAACUCUGCCUGGGCACAUGAUGAAACCGGUUGGGGUCAUAUGGCACAUCUUGCAGGUACCAACGAAGUUGUUGGUAAUGCAUACGAUCUCUAUGAUGUCAACGAAGGUGUCGUUCACCAUUACAGUACAACAAACGGUACCAAGAACUCAUCGUUCCGUAUCAUUAAGAACAUUCCACAAAUGAAUCAAUUCGGUAAAUUGAAUGCCCUCGGUGAUAUGGAUCUCAACUGUCUUAAUCCACCAUCAUACAUCGGUAACUACGUAUGGAACGAUGCCGACAAGAACGGACUUCAAAGCAACAAUGAAGUCGGUGUACCCGAUAUCCCAAUUACUCUACUAAAGGAUGGACAACAAAUAGCUACAACAACAACCAACAGCCUUGGUUACUACUCAUUCAAGGUCGAUCCAAACACCACCUAUACCAUCAGGUUUGGCCCAAUACCAGCUGGAUGGGUAUUCACUGCACCCAACGCUAAGUCCGUACAACCACAAAACCCGUAUAACAUGAACAGUAAGCCAGACGCCAACGGUAAUUACGUAUACACUACUGGUCCAAUUGGUUCUGUAGAACUGAUGGCUGACGCCGGUAUUUAUCAACCAUAA